UGUUUUUUUUUUCGUUUUGUUCCUCUCUUGUCACGUUUCAGCUUAGAUUGUUGUUUUCUUUCGGCACGUUUCGACCGACCGCCGGUUGGUUUAUAGUUUAGUGGAAUUUUUUUUCAAAAUUCGUAUAAAUUUCAUCAAAGUUUGAUACUGAACAAGUUCAGACAACCAUGGGAAAGAAAUUCAAGAAAGGUUCCGGGCCCGAAGUUUCCGACGUUGCCGUGAAUAAGGCGGAGGUAAAAGGUGAUUCGUCCGGAAUCUUGGGCUUAUCGUCCAAAUCGAAGAAAAUCAAAAAACAGAAAAAGCGCGAGGCUGACUCGAAAGUUUUGACAGCGGUUCCCAACUCGGAAUCGAAAAUCCCGGAUGCAAUUGCAGUAAUCAAACACAAGAAACGUGAGAAUACGUUAACGGAAACGGCUCCGAAAAUCAAAGUUGAACAGCCGGUAUCUGGAACUCCUAAGAAAUCUAAAAAGCAUAAGAAAAAGAAGAACAAGGAUCACACUAACGGAACGAAUCCGGACGAUUCCCGAAAGGAAGUCGGAGGAAAAGAAGUCAAAGCUGAAGGAACAGGAAAGGAGGAUGCAUUGAAGGUGCCUAAGAAGCACAAGAAAAAAGACAAGCGCCGUGCCGAGAGAGCCAAAGCUGCACAAUUGCAGACAGGAACUGAAAUUCAACCUAAGGUCAAUGGAAACGAGACGCCGCCCACGAAGAAACAUAAGAAGCAUAAGCGCAAGUCUUCCGAAGUGGAACCGGAAAGCGUCCAGCAAGCACCAGAGAAGAAGCACGGUAAGAAUCUGACCACCGAAGUCAAAUCGGAACCGGAAACGAAGACCCAUGAAAAGGCCCUGGAAGCCGAUCGAGAUGUGGUCACGUCGGAAAGUGAAUCCGACGAUGAUGAAAAUGCUGUCCAGAGCGAAAUGGAUCAGGCCAAUCAGCUCAUUUUGAAAGCGGAAAAUGGAGACGAAUCAUCCGCAGAUGAAGGGCAAACGGAACAGAAAGCAAAUGGCAAGAAGGAGCAGGAAGUCAAGGAGGAGAAGACAGCGAAGCGAUUUACAGGUCCCGAACAUUCGAUUUUCAUCGGAAACCUCCCGAACACGGUCAAGAAGUCCACGAUGAAGUCGUUAUUCAAUCAGUACGGUAAAAUACUGACGAUUCGGUUCCGAUCCAAUGAUGGCAUCACGCUGUUCAAGAAGAAAGACCGGAAGGAGGCGAAGGCACUGAACUGUUACAUCCGCUUCGAGACCAAGCCGGAAGCGCAAGCGGCCUGUGCCAUGAACGGUCAACUGGUGGAAGGCAAUCGAAUCCGGGUGACGAUGCACAUGCAGAAACAGAUGGGCCAUGCUUCGUCCACCGUGUUCGUUGGGAACAUCAAUCGCAAAACCACCGACAACGAGUUGUACGAUUUCUUCAGCCGCGUCGGCGAGAUCGAAUACGUACGGCAGAUUGCCGACAAAGGCAUCGGAUACGUGUGCUUCAAGAAGGGAGUGUCAAUCGCCAAGGCUCUGAAAAUGAACGAGCAAAUGCUCAACGCACGGCCAUUGCGCAUCAUGAAGGUGGACCCAAACAAACAGGGUCAGCGCAAGAACAAGAAGGGUAAUCUAGUCGACAAACGUCGAGGCGGCAAACCACCGACCAGCGACGAAAAGAACCGCAAACAGGACGGAGGACCUAAGCCGAAAGCCCAGGCGAAGGACUUCCACGGCUCUGUUGCCCACAAUAAGAUGGGCAAGAAGAAACACAAGACUAACAAGAAGGGCGGUGGGGACAAGAAGAAGAAGCUCCUGGCGCAGAAGUUGAACGCUGCCGCCAGCAACAGUCGAAAUAAGUAAGCUUUACAUUAUGUACAACAGGACUGUAAAUGUUUUAUUUUACUCGUGAAAUACAUGAAUUCAGUGACAAACUCAA